CGCGAUAGAGCUGUCUCAGCGUCUCCAGGAGGAGGUGACCUGCCCCGUUUUCACCGAUCCGGUAACCAUGGACUGUGGGCACAGCGUCUGCCGGGGGUGUCUCCCUCAGAGACAGGGAGCACCCAAGACAUCCCCCUCCUGCCCCGAGUGCAAGGAGCGUAUCCGGCAAGAUGUCCUCGAGUCAAAUCGACGCUUGAGGAAGUUGGCCCUGCUCGCCAGACAGCUCAGUCAGCAUUUCCAGCCAAGGCCGGAAAAGGAUGGCAUCUGUGGGAGACACCAAGAGGACUUUGACCUGUUCUGUGAGGAAGACAAAAUGGCCAUCUGCCUGGUGUGUAGCCGGUCCCGAGAGCACCGAGGGCACGCUAUCGUCCCCCUAGAAGAGGCCUCUAGAGAAUACAAGGCCGCCUUGCUGGCUCUGCAGGAGAAUGGUCUGGAAGCCACCCCCGUGAAACAGGAGCACUUUGUGAAAUCCCUAGUGAACGUGUGACCGUCGAUACACCAGAAAGACUUGGAUUUUUAUGAAGGCUUAUUUAGAAAACAAGAAUUACUCUCUGGUUUAGAGAAGCUAUAAAGACCACCCAUCCAUUAUUUGGUCCUGUGGACUGCAACCUCACAUUUGGAUGGUUAACUUUUGUGUCCGGGCGAUGACCCCAGUGUUCUGGGGCACCGUCCACGCAUUCUUGUAUCUGGGAAAUGGCAAUGUUUGCCUGCUUCUUUAUA